GUACGGGGAUCUGGCCAGUUCUCCCGAGCCACCGUGGCCGACUCGGCGGGAGGGGCCUGUGUGUGCCCCGCUGUCAGCCUCGCACUGCCAGCGACCCCGGCUGGCCCUGCCCGGGUGCGUGGCGGUCCACGCGAGGGCGUAGCCCUCCCCCAGCGGCGUGGGACGGUUGGUCUGAGCCUUACUCCGGGCUUCUUGCUCCUGGUGUCCCCGUGUCAGCGUAGCCCUGCUUCCCAUGAGCCUGAGGUGCUGUGCUCCGGAGUCCAGCUAGUCUGUGUCAACUGCAUCCCGGAGUCAUCGGGCUUGCUUCUUCCUCCGGGGGAGAGGGGCACUUAGAGGGGAUCAGAACUGGUCCCAAGAAACAGUUUCAUUCAUCACACACCAAGCUGUGAACUCCUGGUCUCCCAAUUGAAGAUGUAUGCAGCUUAGCAUCCCAGUCGCUGCCCAUCGAGCUGACUGCUGUAGUGCCUGAGUCUACAGAAGACAUCCUCUUAAAGGGCUUCACUUCCUUGGGAAUGGAAGAAGAGAGAAUUGAGACUGCACAGCAGUUUUUCUCAUGGUUUGCAAAGCUGCAAACUCAGAUGGAUCAGGAUGAAGGAACUAAAUAUAGACAGAUGAGGGAUUACUUGUCUGGGUUUCAGGAACAGUGUGAUGCUAUACUGAAUGAUGUGAACAAUGCUCUUCAGCAUCUGGAGUCAUUGCAGAAACAGUAUCUUUUUGUGUCCAAUAAGACAGGAACACUUCAUGAAGCCUGUGAACAGCUCCUAAAAGAACAGUCGGAGCUUGCUGACCUUGCUGAGCACAUCCAACAGAAGCUGUCUUAUUUUAAUGAGUUGGAGACAAUUAACACAAAAUUGAAUUCCCCUACGUUGUCUGUGAAUAGUGAAGGAUUUAUCCCUAUGUUGGCCAAGCUAGAUGAUUGUAUAACAUAUAUUUCAUCUCAUCCUAAUUUUAAAGAUUAUCCUGUAUACUUACUGAAGUUUAAACAAUGUCUUUCUAAAGCUUUGCACCUCAUGAAAACGUAUACUGUGAACACACUGCAGACUCUCACAAAUCAGUUACUAAAAAGGGACCCCUCAUCAGUCCCUAAUGCAGACAAUGCCUUCACACUAUUUUAUGUGAAAUUUCGAGCUGCUGCCCCUAAAGUCAGAACUCUAAUUGAACAAAUAGAGCAGCGAUCUGAAAAGAUACCCGAAUACCAGCACCUGCUCAGUGAUAUCCACCAGUGUUACCUUGAUCAGCGGGAGCUUCUUUUGGGCCCAAGUAUUGCCUACACCGUCACGGAGUUAACCAGCCAAAACAACAGAGACCAUUGUGCCUUGGUUCGCAGUGGCUGUGCCUUUAUGGUCCAUGUCUGCCAAGAUGAGCACCAACUUUACAAUGAAUUUUUUACAAAGCCAACAUCAAAAUUAGAUGAACUAUUGGAGAAAUUGUGCGUGUCGUUGUAUGAUGUGUUCCGGCCAUUGAUCAUCCAUGUCAUUCACUUAGAGACUUUAUCGGAGCUCUGUGGGAUUCUUAAAAAUGAAGUGCUUGAAGACCACGUACAGAACAACGCUGAACAACUGGGGGCAUUUGCAGCUGGAGUAAAGCAAAUGUUGGAAGAUGUACAAGAGAGGCUUGUGUAUCGAACCCAUAUCUACAUUCAGACGGACAUCACAGGCUACAAACCAGCUCCUGGAGAUCUGGCAUAUCCUGAUAAGCUAGUCAUGAUGGAGCAAAUUGCACAGAGUUUAAAGGAUGAGCAGAAGAAGACACCUUCAGACGCUUCCUUUUCAGAUGUCCGGUUAGAAGAAGGAGAAUCCAAUAGUUUAAGAAAGUCUGGUUCAACAGACUCCCUCAAUCCUAGACCACAGACCACGAUUUCUCCAGCAGAUCUUCAUGGAAUGUGGUAUCCCACAGUUCGAAGGACACUUGUCUGUCUCUCCAAAUUAUAUAGAUGCAUAGAUAGGGCGGUGUUCCAAGGAUUAUCACAGGAAGCGUUGUCUGCCUGCAUACAGUCCUUGCUAGGAGCAUCAGAGUCUAUCAGCAAAAACAAGACUCAGAUUGAUGGACAACUUUUCUUAAUUAAGCACCUUUUGAUUCUUCGAGAACAAAUUGCUCCAUUUCACACUGAAUUCACCAUUAAGGAAAUUUCCCUGGACCUCAAGAAAACUAGAGAUGCAGCAUUUAAAAUCCUGAACCCUAUGACUGUUCCGAGAUUCUUUAGGCUGAAUAGCAACAAUGCCUUGAUAGAGUUCUUGUUGGAGGGGACUCCUGAAAUCAGGGAACAUUAUCUCGACUCUAAGAAGGACGUGGACCGGCACCUGAAGUCAGCCUGUGAGCAGUUCAUUCAGCAGCAGACCAGGCUGUUUGCAGAGCAGCUGGAGGAGUUCAUGACAAAGGUAUCAGCAUUAAAAACCAUGGCCAGCCAGGGGGGCCCCAAGUACACCCUCUCACAACAACCGUGGGCGCAGCCAGCAAAGGUCAAUGACCUCGUGGCCACUGUUUACAAGACAAUAAAAACGAAGCUGCCGCUGACAUUGAGAAGCAUGUCUUUGUAUUUAUCCAAUAAGGACACAGAGUUCAUCUUGUUUAAGCCUGUUAGGAAUAACAUCCAGCAAGUCUUCCAGAAGUUCCAUGCUCUGCUAAAGGAAGAGUUCAGUCCUGAAGAUGUGCAGAUCAUUGCUUGUCCGUCUAUGGAACAGCUGAACCUCCUGCUGUCAGUUUCUAAGUAGUCCCAGUGGACUAUGAGUGUCAGCCGUCUGUCCCAUGGGAGAGGCCUGAGGAGUCCUGCAGCCUGCAGGAUGCCCAAGACCCCUAUGUGGGACGGCUCCCGAGGAACACGGAUGUGCUGCCUGCAGAAGGAAACCUGGGUGAAGCAGAAGAUCAAAAUGCCAAAGAUUGACAGCAGGGGUAGCUGCCUCACUGAACUGGUCUCUAGCAAUAGAGAGGUGUGACAGGGAGCCACGAUCCACAGUGAAAUGUUCCUUCACACAGAUUGUGCAAUAAAGUAGGUUACAGUAGUAAAUAGUGUAAUGCACUUCAUAGGAACUCAGCCAACUGGAAAGCUGCUAGGUCAUAGGCGCUCCGGUGGACGCUGCAAGGCAUUUACCCACCAUGCAUUCCACACACGGAUGCUGUUGCUUGGGGAACUCUUACUUGUGUGUCCUGACGCAGUGUUUCUCCUGCUGGGUCGAGGUUGAGUUGGUAUAGAAUGGCUGCUGCCAAGAAGAAGGCGUCUUACUGGACCCCGGCUGUCAUCUUUCUGUGGGCUGAUACAAACGAGGCAGAGGCAGGUGCAAGAAGCCAAGGCCGCCUAUAAGACUCUCUCCUUGAGCUGCAUCCUCCUCAUAGAUAGGUGUGUCUUGGUGAUGGGGAUCUUCACAGUACCAGCACCAGUGUGUGAGUGGGAGUUACCAGUGAAGGUGUUUUAGCCUGGCACAGCCUGGAGAGGAGGCCGCCCAUGGGGAGUGGGUCUCAUGGAUGGAGUGGUCGUUCUUUAUAAAGUGAAUACUCUUUGGCUGCCUAUGUUAUACUAGACACUAGCCUUCUGGUGUCCCCAGUCCUGCCAUAGCCGAUCACCUAAGCAUGGCAAACACUGCCUGUACCUUAAAUAUGACACCAGUCAAACGUCAAAGGACUGUGAGCGUCUGUGGGCUUUCCUAUAAAUUCCCUUGAAUUUGGGAUUGGGUUGGCUUUGACCCUGGUGUUACAGUAAAUGUAGCUGAGGGCUCUGAAGAGGGCAGUGACCUCAUGGUGCAGGCGGAGGGACAGGAGCAGCCUCUUGCACAGUGUGCACAUGGGUGACCCAUCCCGAUGCAGCAGGCCCCUUGUUUCUCAGGCCAGUUUAAACUGGUGGUGGCUGUUGCUUGGUAGAGCAUAUUACUCUGUAUUUUGGGAAACUCAAAAGUAAGAAAGAGGGUCCAUAUUUUUUCUUUGCUACGAAAUGAAUGGGUUAGGAAGAUUGUACUUGCUAUUUUAAAUACGUCUUAUGUGAUAAACUGUAAUAUCCAGUUCUGUGUAUUAUAUGUACAUUGGGUGUUCAGAUAGCCUUUCCAAAGAAAUGAGGACAUACCCAUUGUACAGCGCUAUGGUUCAGCAGUCUGAUGUACAGAGCAGGACUUGUUUGGGGACUCUUGUUGUGCUUCUGUUUUUUGUUUCUGAAAACACUCACAUACCUUACCAACUGCUGGAGGGUGGUACUGAUCUGUUUGCUGAAUGAAUAUUUGUUUAAAUCUGUACAGUUUCAUGUGUUUACUUAUACAGAGUGUACAUACUUUGAAAUAAUUAAUUUAAAAUGCUUUAUAUUAUUUAGCUAGAAAUUGCUGUUUUUAAUAAAUAAAUUUUUUAAAAAAAUAAAGAUCUUUGCUUCCUA